UGUCCCGGAGGUGGCGGCGGCGCCAUCUUGGCGAAGGGGGGAUCAGGAAGUGCGGACCGCGGCGGCGGCGGCGGCGGCGGCGGAGCCCGGAGCGCAGGCCGGAGGCUCCCGGCCCGCCGGCCCCGGAGCGGAGCGGAGCGGAGGAUGCAGCAGCCGCAGCCGCAGGGGCAGCAGCAGCCGGGGCCGGGGCAGCAGCUGGGGGGCCAGGGGGCGGCGCCGGGGGCCGGGGGCGGCCCAGGGGGGGGCCCGGGGCCGGGGCCCUGCCUGAGGCGAGAGCUGAAGCUGCUCGAGUCCAUCUUCCACCGCGGCCACGAGCGCUUCCGCAUUGCCAGCGCCUGCCUGGACGAGCUGAGCUGCGAGUUCCUGCUGGCUGGGGCCGGAGGGGCCGGGGCGGGGGCCGCGCCCGGACCGCAUCUCCCCCCACGGGGGUCGGUGCCUGGGGAUCCUGUCCGCAUCCACUGCAACAUCACGGAGUCAUACCCUGCUGUGCCCCCCAUCUGGUCGGUGGAGUCUGAUGACCCUAACUUGGCUGCUGUCUUGGAGAGGCUGGUGGACAUAAAGAAAGGGAAUACUCUGCUAUUGCAGCAUCUGAAGAGGAUCAUCUCCGACCUGUGUAAACUCUAUAACCUCCCUCAGCAUCCAGAUGUGGAGAUGUUGGAUCAACCCUUGCCAGCAGAGCAGUGCACACAGGAAGACGUGUCUUCAGAAGAUGAAGAUGAGGAGAUGCCUGAGGACACAGAAGACUUAGAUCACUAUGAAAUGAAAGAGGAAGAGCCGGCUGAGGGCAAGAAAUCUGAAGAUGAUGGCAUUGGAAAAGAAAACUUGGCCAUCCUAGAGAAAAUUAAAAAGAACCAGAGGCAAGAUUACUUAAAUGGUGCAGUGUCUGGCUCGGUGCAGGCCACUGACCGGCUGAUGAAGGAGCUCAGGGAUAUAUACCGAUCACAGAGUUUCAAAGGCGGAAACUAUGCAGUCGAACUCGUGAAUGACAGUCUGUAUGAUUGGAAUGUCAAACUCCUCAAAGUUGACCAGGACAGCGCUUUGCACAACGAUCUCCAGAUCCUCAAAGAGAAAGAAGGAGCCGACUUCAUUCUACUUAACUUUUCCUUUAAAGAUAACUUUCCCUUUGACCCACCAUUUGUCAGGGUUGUGUCUCCAGUCCUCUCUGGAGGGUAUGUUCUGGGCGGAGGGGCCAUCUGCAUGGAACUUCUCACCAAACAGGGCUGGAGCAGUGCCUACUCCAUAGAGUCAGUGAUCAUGCAGAUCAGUGCCACACUGGUGAAGGGGAAAGCACGAGUGCAGUUUGGAGCCAACAAAUCUCAAUACAGUCUGACAAGAGCACAGCAGUCCUACAAGUCCUUGGUGCAGAUCCACGAAAAAAACGGCUGGUACACACCCCCAAAAGAAGACGGCUAACCCUGGAGUAUCACCCUUCCUCCCUCCCCAGGCACCACUGGACCAAUUACCUUUGAAUGCUGUAUUUGGAUCUCACGCUGCCUCUGUGGUUCCCUCCCUCAUUUUUCCUGGACGUGAUAGCUCUGCCUAUUGCAGGACAAUGAUGGCUAUUCUAAACGCUAAGGAAAAAAAACAAACACAGAACUGUUUCAAGUACUCAAGACUGACUUACAGACCAACCAACCACCUUGCUGGAACCCUUGCUAGCAGGCAUUCUUAUAAAAGAAACUUUCAAGCCUCCUUAUAUUGCUGGAAACUCAGCUGUGCUCCAGACUAGAGCCUCCUUACCUAUGCUAUGGAUUUUUAAUUUAUUUUCUCUUAUUUCAUGUACACUGCUUUUUUUGGUUACAGUGUAUGAUGGAUGUGUAUGAAAAAAAUGUAUCUUUGGGAAAACAAUUACAGUUUGUUAAUUUGAA